AUGCAUCAGUAUAAGAUUAAUCUUCUUGAUCUACCUACUGAAGUAUUACAUAUCAUUUUAAAAAAGCUUGAUAGCAUGGAUGUUCUUUAUUCAUUAUUUGCUAUUAAUAAUCAACGACUUGACAACAUAAUACAAGAAAAUACUUUCACUAAUACUCUCAAUUUUGUAUUAAUAACAGCAACCGAUGAUAUUUUAUCAGUUUGUGAUCGCGUACUCGAUCGAUUCUGCUUGAAUUUAUUACCAAAAAUUCAUAAUAAUGUUAAAUCCCUUAUUCUUAAUUCAUUAUCUAUGGAACAUAUUCUUCUUGCUGGUGAUUAUCCUAAUUUAAGUGAACUUAAAAUCUUCAAUUUUAAUAUUAAAAUAGCUUUACAUUAUUUUACAGAACUUUGUGAUUUACCUUUAACUACUUGUUACUCUUCAAAUCUUUGCAAAUUAUCUAUUCGUGUAUUGUAUUAUCAUGAUCUUCUUGCUUUACUUGAUGGUCGUCUCAAACAACUAAAUACAUUGAAUGUUGUCAUUGUCCAACAGGAAUAUAAUCCAACGAAUGUUUACAACGUGAAUCUAUCUCAUUUGAAAUGUUUUUCUUUACAAUAUGAUUGUUCAUAUGAUGCAUAUGAUGGUGAAAUUUUGCCUCUUUUACAACGUAUGUCAAAUAUUGAAGUAUUAAACUUAAAUCUUAUUAUUGGUAGUCCAGCUCGAUUUAUUGAUGGUAAAAAUAUUUAUGAUGAAAUUCUUAUUCAUAUGCCACGACUUCAUACAUUUAACUUUUGUUUUUUAAUUUUUUCUCAAUUAAAUCAUUCAGCUCAAUAUUUAUAUAAAGAUGAUAUUCUACAAACUUUUACUAACAUUAUAGUUAAACAAGUGGAGUGUAUGAUCAAGUAUCGACGUUAUAAUGGUUUGAAAUAUCUUUUAUUCUCAUUACCAUUUAUGUUUGAUAAUCUUCAAUGUAUUGGUAAUGGAUUUUCAAAUAUUAUUUUCAAUCAUGUUAUAAGAUUAGUGGUUGAUGAUGACAUUCCAUUCGAACAUGAAUUUUUCAUGCGUGUUGCUUGUUGUUUUCCUUUACUUAAAGUAUUAACUAUUUCUAAUUCUAUGCCACAGUCACCAAUAUUAAAUUCUUAUGAUAAUCAGUUACAUUCAACAACUAUUGAAUAUCCUUAUCUUACUUCACUUUGUUUUUCAUUGGCUCAUUGUGAUUAUGUCGAACAAUUUCUUAAUGAUAAAAAAACACAUCUACCACGUCUAACUGUAUUGUCAGUAAAUUACUAUCAUUUAAGAAACGUAACGAAAAACUUUACAAAUGAUAGAACCCGACUAAAUUGUAUGAAAGUGAAAGAAUUACAUAUAGGUCGUAAAAAGAUUGUAUAUUCAAAAGAUUUCCAUACUUAUUUUCCUUUGUUGUAA